UCAAUUUUACAGCAGGGUGACCCUUUGGCAAUAUUAUAGGGUUUUUAAAUCCAUCAGACAUUUCGCUUUUGCCUAUUCUAGAAUUCAACCGAAAAAUUCCAUCUUUAUCUGUAAUAAUUAUUGUAUUCCUAUUUAUUAAAUUUUUGUCAAUUCCCUUUUGUAUUAAUUUUAGUAAAAAUAUUUCCACUCUUUUAAUGUCAGCACCUGCAGGUCUUUUGUUUUCGCUUAUUGAUUUAAUAAAUUCGCUCUUAAUUUUCAUUUUACAUUUACUCAACCAUAUUCGAGCGAAGAGAGAGACAAUUAAAAUAAUUUUUAAAAUUUUAUUCCAGCUAUUCCAUUUAUUAAAGUCAAUAAAUUUAUUACAUUCUUUACUAUUUAUUUGA